UCCAGUCAAGUUAUAUUAUAACAAUGGAAAGAGAAAUAGUUCAAGAUAUUGUGAUUGUGGGAGCUGGAAUUGCUGGCGUCACAACAUCGUUAGGACUUUACAGGUUGGGUAUUCGAAGUUUGGUGUUGGAAUCUUCGGAUAGCUUGAGAGUCACGGGCUUUUCUCUUUCCAUAUGGCAAAAUGCUUGGAAGGCUUUGGAUGCCGUUGGUGUUGGAGACAAACUUCGCCACCACCAUCGACCACUCAAUGGGAUUGUCACCACUUCAUUGGUUACUGGGAAACAGAUAGCGGCCAUGCCUUUCAAACCAACAGAAAACCAAGAAGGUAUUGAAAUUCGUUGUGUUCAAAGGACAAAAGUGUUGGAAGUCCUUGUGAAUGAGCUUCCAAAGGAAACCAUCAGAUAUUCCUCAAAAGUUGUUAGUAUUGAGGAAUCUGGCUUCUAUAAGAUACUCCAUCUUGCUGACGGGACAACCAUCAAAACCAAGGUAAAUAGUGUGUGUGAUAUGUAA